UUUUACUGACAACAAGCAGUUAACCCCGUGGAGUGUGAAUAUAGCACAAGUAAAAUUUACUAUGGAGCAAACCAAGGUGGUGAAGCCAGAAACUUUAAAUGAUUUAAUUAAAGUUUUGCAUCAGAUUUUUUCUAGCGAUACAGUUAAUGUUGAAGAGGUGCAGAACCUAAUGGAAUCAUAUGAGAGUAAACCUCAGGAAUGGAAGGCAUAUGCAAAGUUUGACAAGUUCAGAUACACAAGGAACCUUCUUGAUGAAGGAAAUGGAAAGUUCAAUCUCAUCAUUUUAUGUUGGGGAGAAGGUCAUGGCAGCAGUAUCCAUGAUCACACAGAUUCCCACUGCUUCAUGAAGAUGCUCCAGGGCCAAUUGAAAGAAACCCUCUUUGAAUGGCCUGAUAAUAAAAUGAAUGGAGGGAUGACUAAGAAAUCAGAAAGGAUCUUACAUGAAAACCAGUGCGCUUAUAUCAACGAUUCCAUUGGCCUGCAUAGAGUGGAAAAUGUGAGCCACACAGAGCCUGCUGUCAGCCUUCACUUGUACAGCCCUCCAUUCGACCACUGCAACACUUUCGAUCAAAGCACAGGGCACAGAAACACUGUCAAAAUGACAUUCUGGAGCAAAUACGGAGAAAAAAUUCAGGUUGAAACCACUGUCUCAAAAGAAAACAACUGAAGGACCCAAUUGAAUAAACCUUGUUGGUGACAAUCCAGGCAAAAUCCCAUUCUUUGUUGGCCAUGCAGAAAGAUAAAAUUGAGGCAUUCUGAAGGCCUGUGUCAAUAAUUAGAGCAACAUGUAUUACAUCACUUUUUAAUCCUAACUAAUGCUGAUUAAUGGACACUGAAUCAUCGAAUAGUGACAUGAGAGUGAGCAGAGGGAUAGAUCUACUCUUUGUUCAGUAAGCUCUGAGAAACACCCUGCCAAUAACAGAAUUAUUUUCAGUCAAGCUUAUUCCCAAACCUGUGAAAUUUCACUUUGUACUGUUAUAGUUUUCAGUGUAAGGGUUGUCUUCUUGUGGAUGUAAUAAAUAAUGAGUUUAUUAUUUUUUAAUUAUUAUUCUGUGCCAUCAAUAACAGAGUAGAACAAUACUAUAUUUUUAACAAACAAAAAAGUAACAUGUUUUUAUUAAACCUGUAGAUCUGUUGAUUGUGUCAGACAUUUGUUUUACUAUCAUUCUAAAUUAGUCUUGUUUCAGAUAAAUUGUAGAGUUUGAUAAUGCUGAAUAUAUAUAUAUAUAUAUAUAUAUUUUAAAGUAAAAGCCUUUUUUAGAUGUUUUAUUUUUUAGCUGUAAUAAAGUCAUGAUUACAAAGAAGUAUUUACUUUAAGAUUGGUCAUUAUUGAAAUAUGUUGUAUUGUGUUUAAAUGACAAAUGCAUUGAACAAUACUGUAAACUUCUUUUGACUUCCCUUUUAAUUUGAGCUAAAUUAAAAAAAAAAUCAAAUAGCUUCUAA